AUGUCCUCUUCAGUGAUCACGGCGCCGCGCUCUCAGCGCUUUUAUCAUAAGGUAGAGUUCAAGGUUAUUGUGUUCGCCACCGUCAGCAGUGUCUUCUUUACGUACAUGGCCAUGGAAGUGUUGAUUGUCCCAGACCAGCCGAACACCGCGGACGUCCAGCGACCCUGCCUGAACUCGAUGCCGGUGAACUACGCCGUGCCCGCGGCUGUGCUCGACGCCACAGGCUUUAUGGAGUUGUACCUCGGGGGCGUUUUAAAGCGUCGGCGGUGCCGACGCACCGUCAUAAACCUGCUGCUCUUCCACAACGAGGUUGACUUACUCGAGAUACGUCUGCGGGAGCUGGGCCACGCCGUGGAUCACUUCGUUGUGCUCGAGAGCACGAGGAACUUCCGGAUGCGGGGACGAGACCUGCAGCUUGAGUCGCUGCUCAACACGUCCCGGUUUCGGCCGUACCGUGACAGACUCGUCUACGGCUAUAACGAGGAAUACCCGGACUUCCCAAAGAACGCGAACCCACGCGCCGUCCGAAUGGCUCUUCAUCGCGUUUUCAUGAACGAACUGAUGGCCACCUUUACCAGCUCGUUUCCGCGCGUGGACGAGGACGCUUGGAUCCUGCUCACUAGCGCCGACGAGAUACCCAGCGCGUCGGUCGUCAACUUCCUGAGCCACCACGACGGAAUACCCGACGUCGUCGCUUUCAGAUACGCCAAGAGCGUGUACAGCUUCCAAGUGCCGCACGCGCAGGGCACGUCGACGGAGAGGUCGGCUUCUACCUGGCGGUUCCUCCGCGACGACUUGGCAACCUCGCUGGACGCACUUCGAUUCGAUACCGCGGCGGUGGUGGCGCAGCCAUGGAUUGUGGGAACACGCGAGCAGCCGGCUGGGUGGCACUGCUCCUGGUGCGUAGGUCCAGCCGGGGUCGUGGACAAGAUAGCCAGUGAGCCCGAUGCCGUCAAUCAGUCCGUCAACGGCUCGUACGCGUUACACCACUUGAUGAGAACGGGACACCUCUUCAACGGCAAAUUCGUGGCCAGUUCAGAGCCCAAUGUAUCGCGCUUAGGACUUCCGGCUUUUGUCCAAGAAAACCCGGGGAUAUUUAAGAACAUACUAUUUCCCAUGUGGCCAAAGAAAUGA